AAAAAUUAUAAUGCAGAAGAACGAUGGUAAGGCUACAUGAAUACACUUUCUUUUUCUUUCUCGUUCCUCAUCCUUUCAAGACAUUAGCGACCACCGACCUGCACAAAACCAGAUCUUUGUAGUAGUUGAAGUGUGAUGGUAUUCAACUAAUACAAAUUGUUAAAGAUCGGGUUUUGUGGAGGUCGGUUUUCGCCAAUGCCCUGAAGGGAUAAGGCGUGAAUAAAUAAAUGAAUUAUUAAACAAGCUGGUGCUGGUCAAUUUCUACAGUCAAACUGUUGAAUAAUGUGAAUACGAAUAUAUAUUAAUAAUAAUAAUUAUUAUGAUAAUAAUAAUAUUAAUAAUAAUAUAUUAAUAAAUGCGUUACGUAACAUGGCCUUUCCACAAAAAAAAACUUUGUAACCUUUGAAGAAUAUAAACAAACCUGGCGUAUAAAUAAAUAAAAACAACAAUAAGAAUAAUAUUAACAACGUUAAUAAUAACUGUUCCUAUAAUAAUAAUAACACUUUCUUCUUUUUAUUAUUAUUAUUAUUAUUAUUAUUAUUAGCCAUAAUCUUCUUAUUAUUAUUAUUCUUGAUAUUAUUAUUAUCAUUAUUGUUGUUUAAGAUGCUGUUGUAAAUGUGGUGAAUGAAUUUAACUAAUGUAUUGCUUCAGAGUCAUUGUCAUCUUCUUGUAUCUAGUUCUCCCAAAAGCAGUGGCUCAAAUUGAGAUGGACAAAAGCCAGGCCACUGUUGGCAAGAAAGGCGAAAUUAUGACGUUACCAUCCGGCUCUUCUUCCUACACCUACUGGUACAGACAUAAAGUUGACACCAGUGAGCGUUUCGACCCAAAUGGCAUAAAAGCAGAGACGAAGAAUUCGGGUUUUUACACCCGGCGGUACAUGCUGACCUCCUAUGAGUACCACCUGGUCGCUGUUGUGGAACAAGAUUUUCAGAUCACAAUCGAACCAGAGGAAGCUUUCGAUGGUGAAGAGAUCAUUAUCAGGUGCAACUUCAUCAUCGGUGUCGGCAACCCGCCCACAAAACAAGACAUCACCAUCUUGCAGGGCACCCAAGCCCUCGAGUCGUACAAGCCCCAACACGAUGGAGCAAACAGGGCCUCCAUUUAUAAGAUCGAGAAGAGGAUCAAUGUAGUGAAGAAUCAGAGCAACGACUUCACCUGCAAGUGGGAGUUUGCUGGAGAAGAUUCCGAGACCCAACAUAUACAGAUCAAGUGGUUUGUCCGUAAAUCUAUAUCCAUAUACGCGGGCAAACGUCCGUCGACCUCAAAACAGAGAAAACCGACAAGCCGGAAGAUAACCCAAACCACCAAACCACCCCCCAUCGUCACCAAACAAUCGAACCGGGGCCUCAAAAGGAAGAUCUGUGUCGGAAUUUUCAUCGCAUUCGCCAUUCUUUGCCUUAUAUUCGGCCUAGUUUAUUUCGUAGCCAACCGGAAAGACGGGCUUUUUAAAAGAUUCCCAGAAAGUAAGACACAGAAAUUACGAAUUGAAAAUUACAGGACAACCAUACUCAUCCACAUCCGGGUGGAGCUGACCAUUAUCAUCCGCACCCUCCCCCACCUUACCAAGGCCCGCCCCCGCACUACGGCCGUGGAAGAAUGGCGAGGGGGAGGCGGGGAAGGGUGGGAGCAUCAGCCUCUAGAAUUGGGUCGUCUGCCUCAAGGAUGGGGCACGGGCCAAGGGAUGAAAAACAUUGACAAGAAUAAUAAUAAUAACAUUAAUAAUUGCAGGAACUAUAAUAAUAGUAACGACAUUAAUAACGAACUAGAGAAACUAGGGAGGGUUGUUGGGACCAAGUGGAGUGUGACGCCCUACAAAGGGGUGGUGCUUACAAAAGAACAACACUCGUGGUUCUAUGAAGGUUGCGAUGGUUUUUUCAUCGUCAGACGUCUGGGGCUGAAGCAGGUUUUUAUACAAUUUACUGCGAUAACAAAGGAAGACCUGAAGAUCAGAAUCGAGCCCGCCAGUCUACACCACGGCGACCUCAUAAACGUCAGCUGCUCGGUCAGUAUCUACCUAGACGGGAGAUAUUACAUGGGAGCGGUGCAACUGGGCAUCAUGAACGGGGGAAAAUGUAUUGGAGGCCAAGAAUGGGGUACAAACACGGAUGUAAACUUGUACACAUUAAGAGCAAACCAAGUCUACUACGCCAAUAUCAGCAACCCGACAUACACCUGUGCCUUCUUUGCCGAGGGCAAGCAGCUAAGCUAUCUUGGCAAUAAGCUUUAUGAUAUCAAAGUUGUUGGCACAGAGGAGAUAAACGCCUCUGUAUACGAAACAGCCGAAAGCAUACCACCAACGACACCGACAACCACCACAGUUCCUAUCUCGACAGCGGGAAAAACCACAAAAAAAAUUGAAGCAGUGACCAAAGGAGCAAAAAUGCUUGUUUUACUUGUGGCGGUAUGCAUCAUCGGCGGCGGGUUGGUCUUCAUGUAUACCAGGGCUGAUAAAAAGCAAACUCCCGAAGGAUCUGACAGACGCAGAAACUGUAACCAUUCAAAAUCGACAUCCGAAUUAUUAAGCGCUGCGGCCGAGCACAUUUAA